UGUUGGGAUUUCCUUGUGCCUAUUGACUUAGAUUAUAAACCAAAGGUUGAUUGGGAUACCAACUGCCAUGUUAUUCAUCAAUUGAAAGCGAAUUUAUCAAAGAGGCAACUUCGACUUUUUAAGAAAACAUGCUUUGGCUAUUUUUUGGAUCUGCCACCAGUGAUUGUGCAGAUUCGGGUUAUGCACCAUUUGCUUAUGAGAGAAGUACAUCAUGAGGUGAAAAAUGAGAUGCGGUUUGUAGUGAAUGAUUCUAGGUUGCGGUUUGGCUUGGGUGAAUUUGCACUUGUUACUGGGUUGAAAUGUAAGGGUGAUACAAGUAUAGAGAGCAUAGCAGAGAAUAGGUUGAUUUCAAAAUAUUUUAGGACUGCAUCCGUGACAUUUGCCCAACUAGCAGACUGUUUUAAGAAGAAGAAAUUGGAAACGGAUGAUGAUGCGUUGAAGAUAGCAGUUCUUUAUUUUGUCAACAGCUUCUUAUUUUCUCAACUCAAAACAAAGGCUAUUUCACGGUCUUACAUUGACUUGGUUGAGUCCGGUGAUUUUAAUAAUUAUCCCUGGGGUAUAGAUGUUUAUAAAGCUACAAUUGACUCGUGUUCCAACAAGUUUCAAGAUAAGCCUUCUUUUUAUAGACUUGGUGGCUUCCCGUUGGCUUUACAGACUUAG